AUGGGGUGGUUCCUUGGCGGUGUCUCGAUUUUCAAUUCGUUGGAUGGCCUGAUUCGCGAUGAACUCCGUGCAGUGACCUUCUCUCAUGAGUUCUUCAAGGUGUGCUUUCCAAGCGAAGCAGUUAUUGGUAUUGUGCUCGUGUGUCCCAUGGAAGGCACAGUAUUUGCUAGUAUCCCUCUUGUCUGGAUCUCCUUCAAGGGUGGUGGUCUUCUUACCCAAAGUUUGUUUUUCACUUGGGCUAAGAUUUGA